ACGACACAGGCCAGCCAAUAAGGUGAAUAUGGCCGAAGACAUGCAGAUUAAUGUGCAGCGCGCAAAACAGCUUGCGGAGAAUUUGGCGAGUAUAACAGCACGCAUCACCGCCGCGACCAGGGGUGGGGAACAGGUCCGACUAAUAGCUGUCUCAAAACUCAAACCCGCAACCGACAUCCUUUCCCUUCACCAACCCCUCCCUCCCUCCUCGCAACCUCUCCAUACCCACUUCGGCGAAAACUACGUCCAAGAACUACUCGAAAAAUCCAAAAUUCUUCCGCGUUCAAUACGAUGGCAUUUUAUCGGUGGUCUACAGAGUAACAAGUGCAAGCAACUAGCAGAGCAGAUCCCGAAUCUCUGGUGUGUGAGCAGUGUGGACAGUCAGAAAAAACUUGACCAGCUUGAGAAAGGGCGGUCUGCUUUGAUUGAGCAAAAUGCCGAGGUAGAGAAGCUGAGAGUCAAGGUGCAAGUCAAUACUUCAGGGGAAGAGAGUAAAUCUGGCGUGGAGCCCUCGGACGCGCUGGCACUGUGCCAAUAUGUCAUUGGUCAAUGUCCGCAUCUUCAGCUUACAGGCUUGAUGACGAUUGGCGCGAUUGCGAGAUCCAAGGCCACGACACCAGAGAAUGAGAAUGAGGAUUUUAUUACACUGGCGAAUACGAGAGAUAAGGUGGCGAAGGAACUGGGUUGGAAUCCCGAGCAGUUGGAACUCAGCAUGGGGAUGAGUGCGGAUUUUGAGGGUGCGAUUGCGAUAGGGAGUAGUGAGGUGAGGGUAGGGAGUGAUAUUUUCGGAGAGAGACCUCCGAAGAAGGAUGCUGUGGUUGUAGAGAAAGGGUAGUAGAUGUUCAGGAUUAAGGGAGGACACGGUGGUCCUUCAAAGACACACGACGCGAUUCGAGUUCCCUAAGCGUUGGCGACUCGUAGUAUGGUCGAUUCUCUCUUUGCAAAAAGAUAACCAUUGAGGCAAGUGGGUAGGUCUCCGUCCUUUCAGCUUUCGUGGUUGAUAGUACUGUUCUUCUCGGACUUUAAGUAAGCUACGAUGCCCUCUCCACUUUUACUUCACUUUCCUACUCCUCAUCGUUUGUCUUAGACAUAGCGUUGAAUCAUCUGGGCACCAUUAUCUCGAGCGUAGAGCAUUUGGUCGGUAUCACACUUAUCUCUUGCUAGUUUAUGAAAGUGGUGCACUUAACAAAGCACAAUCGGCAUAUAAGUAUCAGGCUGAGUCACUCUCUUAUGCCAUUCUCGCUCAAUCCUUUCGUUAU